AAGAAAAAUGUCCACCACUUUGCUGCUCUGCAGUUGCCUCGUCGCCUUUUUGUCCAUCGGCUCGGUCAGCACCAACAGCCAGGUGGACUACAUAGAUUAUGCCAAUCUACUGGCGCUACUUACCGGUUAUACGGAGUUGACAUCACCUGCUAGGGUACCAUUUUUGCGGAGGCUUUCUCAACAAGUAGCUACAUCACAGCCUUAUUUUAGAUGCCCAGCUAUUUGCUACAAAUCGUAUUACCCUCUGUAUCCUCCACAACCAUACGCUGAAAUAAAUCGCCCACCAAUGUUUGAACGGAGGUUUCAGAAUACAGAUGAACCACAACUUCCGUAUCGGUCGGGAUCAAACCCUCGUUUACUUGGAUGGUUAAAUUUGUUGACAAAUUCACUGAGAGGACCACCCGGUCUUGAUGGUGUUCCUGGAAUUCCUGGUCCUCCUGGUGCUCCUGGUGCUCCUGGUACUCCUGGUACUCCUGGUACUCCUGGUGGUCCUUAA